AUGGCAGCCUUAGAAAUUUUGUGUGGCAUUGUUGUGGCGGUUCUUCUCUGCUACUACUAUUUAGUGUUACCGUACAACUUUUGGAAAAAACGAGGUGUUCGUGGACCUGAACCGAUACUAUUUUUUGGUAAUCUAAUGCUAGUAACAUUAUCGAAGAUGUCGUUGGGCAAUUAUUUUGCGUCCAUUUACGCAAAAUAUAAAAAGGAAGAACCCAUGGUUGGCGUAUAUUUAAGAACAAACCCCAUCUUGGUUAUAAAUGAUCCCGACUUGAUCAAGACUGUACUUAUCAAGGAUUUCUCGAAAUUUUCAAAUCGUGGAUUUACAUUCAAUGAAGUGGUUAGUAUACAAACAUAAAAUAUCUUCAUAUUAUUUAAACUUCAUUACAUAAGUGAAGAAAAUGUAUUAUGUUUAAAUAUAAUUCUAAUAUUCAUUUUAGCGAAGCUCAAGGAAAUGUUCACCAUGAUUGUCGAAUGCUCCGACACGCUCGAGAAAUACAUAGGCACAUUGGUGGAGAAAGAGGCGAAUCUUGAUUGUCGUGAAUUGGCGGCGAAAUUCACCACGGAUGUAAUUGGCAGUUGUGCGUUCGGUAUCAACAUGAACGCUAUGUCAGACGAAGAAUCAGAGUUCCGUAAAGUGGGAAAAGCAUUCUUUGCUACCACCACUCUCCAGAUUAUAAGAUUCAGAAUGAGGGAGAUGUUACCGUGGUUAUACACCAUGCUGGGUUAUGUGUUACCGUACACCAACGAGACCAGUUUCUUCAUGAACAGUGUUUUGGACAUGAUGAAGUACAGAAAGAAGAACAAUAUCGUUAGACAUGAUUUCAUUAAUACGCUGAUAGACCUUCAGACACAUCCAGAGAAAUUGGGGGACAUCGAGUUGACAGAUGCUCUGCUCGCAGCACAAGCAUUUGUCUUCUUUGUAGCUGGAUUUGAAACUUCCUCGACAACCAUCAGUAAUGCGCUUUACGAACUAGCCCUGAAUCAGGAUAUACAAGACAAGUUGCGAGAAGAGAUCAAAAAGCAUCAUGAAAUUAACAAUGGGGAUUGGCACUAUGAAAAUAUAAAAGACAUGCCAAUUUUGGAUGGUGUGUUUAAAGAAACAUUAAGAAAAUAUCCACCUGUUCCUGUUAUAAUGCGAAAAUCAGUCGAGGAUUAUACUUUUGAAGAUUUCAAAAUUUCGAUACCAAAAGACACAAGAGUUUUCAUAUCUUCUUAUGGAAUUCAUCAUGAUCCGGAUAUUUAUCCAAAUCCCGAGGUAUUUGAUAUUAAUCGAUUUACGGAUGAUGAAGAAUCGACGAGACACCCGAUGCACUAUUUACCUUUCGGUGAUGGUCCAAGGAACUGUAUUGGUGCACGUUUUGCGAUCUUUCAAUCGAAAAUUGGACUGAUAAAGAUUCUUCGUAACUACAAAGUCGAUGUUUGCAAAGAAACUGUAAUUCCAUAUGUAAUUAACCCGCGCGCCUUUUUACUCGCUCCAAAGCAUGGGAUAGUUUUAAAAGUAACGAAAACUAAGGAUUGACAUUAUAGUUUGUUAUGUUAACGUUUUGCACUUCAACAUACGCUUUCCAGGUACAGAUAGUGUCUGACGUUUAGACUCAAAAUGUUAGUAAAUUAAUGUAAAUCUACAGAUAAUUAAUACAUAUUGUAUUAAUUCCAGCAAAAGUAUUUGAUUCA